AGUGAGGCCACGGUCCGUUUCCUGUGGCACACAUGUACACACACACAGCAACCAAGUAGAAGAUGAAACCCUCUAAGAGUGAAGAUUCCACGAGGAGUGGGCUCCAAGAGGGGAAUUCAGACACGAACGACGAGGACAAAAGUGAACUGUGUCCCGGAUUUAAAGACGUGGACUCAUUUGUUAAAUAUGGACUGGGUGCUGUGUUAUCAGCCACCAAAGCAUCCGCUGGCUUACCUCAACCCGGGGAUGAAUACGACUUCUACAGAAGCUUCCCGGGCUUCCAGGAGUUCUGUGAAAGUCAAGGAGAUAGGCUCUUACACUGCAUGAGCCAGAUAAUGCAGCAUCACGGCUGCAGGUCCCACACGAGAGACAGGAACAAGCUGACGGGGCUGGAGGAGAGGUUCGACUUGAUUGUCGACUCAAAUGACGUCAUCCUGGAACGCGCGGGCAUUCUCCUCGAUGAAGCCGAUGGGGUGAACAGGAGCCAGCAGCCUGUCAUGCCCGCAGGGUUUCAACCUCCAAAAAUUGUCGUUUCCAGCUGGAAUCGCAAGGGUUCCGGCUCUAGCAGUCGUUCAGAGACUUUCCGGCUGCUCCACGCUAAAAAUAUCACCAGGCCUCAGCUGAAAUUCAAGGAAAAAGUCGACAACAGCAACACACCUUUCACGCCCAAGAUCUUCAUCAAGCCUAAUGCUACGAAGCCACUUCCGUCUUAUUUCACCAACAAACAAAUCCGUUCAGAGAGACCUGAAGAUCUUGACGUCCCGGCCGCUCUGGCAGACUUCAUUCACCAGCAGAGAAUGCAGGAACUCGUUGAAGACAUGUUUGCUCACCCGUACCAAUACGAACUGGACCAUCUUUCAAUGCCAGAAAGGCUUCUGUCUAAGCCCGAGCCUCAGAUGUACAAACCAGUUGCAGAGACAAAGUUGUCCUUCAUUGACUCACUGGAAGAUCUGGUAGCUCUCAAUGAGAAGCUUUGCAAGUUGUCUGAAUUUGCAGUGGACCUCGAGCACCAUUCCUACCGGAGUUUCCUCGGCCUCACGUGUCUGAUGCAGAUCUCCACCAGAGAGGAGGACUUCAUCAUCGACACCUUGGAGCUCCGCAGCGAGUUGUACAUCCUGAACGAGGCUUUCACCGACCCCAAUAUCGUCAAGGUUUUCCACGGCGCUGACUCCGACAUGGAGUGGCUCCAGAGGGACUUCGGCUUGUAUGUCGUCAACCUUUUCGACACGCAUCAAGCGAGUCGAGCGCUCAACCUGGCCAGACAUUCCCUGGACCACUUGCUCAAACACUUCUGCAACGUGGACUCAGACAAACGUUACCAGCUGGCAGAUUGGAGAAUUCGCCCCUUGCCAGAUGAGAUGGUCCAGUACGCGCGCACAGACACCCACUACCUCCUCUACAUCUACGACUGUGUUAGAGCACAGCUGUUGGACUCUAACCACGGGCAACCUGGCCUGCUGCAGAGCGUCUGGAACAAGAGCAAAGACAUUUCCCUGAAGAAAUAUCUGAAGCCAAUAUUCACAGAGGAGUCAUAUUUGGAGCUGCAGAGGAAGCAGAAAAAGUCUUUUAACACCCAGCAGCUCACUGCCUUCAGACUGCUGUUUGCCUGGAGGGACAAGCUGGCCAGGCAGGAAGACGAAAGCACCGGAUUCGUCCUUCCCACUCAUAUGAUGUGCAAAAUAUCAGAGGAGCUUCCCAAAGAGCCUCAGGGCAUCAUCGCCUGCUGUAACCCCGUGCCUCCCCUCGUGCGGCAGCAUGUCAAUGAGCUUCAUCUGUUGGUGCAGCAGGCCAGGGAGAUGCCCCUCCUUAAGGCCGAGAUUGCAGCGCAAAAGACGAAAGGACUCACACCCAUAAAAAAGCCAGAGGUCAUGCUGUUCGGUCCUCAUGAUACAUCCAGGGUUUCUGAAAGCGACCUCCCUCCCUUUUCUGCAGAAGAGGUCCCAGUUAAACAAGGAGUGCUCUUCUCAGAGGACGAACAUAAAAUGGACACUGACGUUCAGACGACGACGACGAGCGGUCUCCUGGCACCGGCUAAAAUCACUCUGUUUCAGGAGCUGGAAAAGAAGGACGCUGAAGAGUCGGACUCCGUGGCUCACAUGAAGGCCAAGCGUAUCAAUGAGUCUUUUGAAAAUCCUUUCAGGAUGUACUUACCCUCCAGUGACGUGCACAUCAGCAAGAACGCCAAGUUUGACCCGUCUUCAAAAAUAUUUGAGAUCAGCAAAAGAUGGAAACUGCAGAGUAUUGAACAACAACAGACGGAGCUGGAGGCCAAGAAGAAAGCCAAGCAGGAAGCGAAGGAACAGGCGAAGAAGGAGUCAGAGGAAAGAAACAAGGCUAAGCAGAGCUACCAGGAGUCUCUGCAGAACGUUGCCACCGUUCGCCAACAAGCAGCGGAAUCCACAAAAGAUGGAGGAAAGAAAAGGGAGAGGGUUGUGAGUGAAGCCGGAGAGUUGACUCCCAAACCAAGUAAGAAGCUGAUGAAAUCUGCAGAGAAGCCCCAGAAGACAGAAGCGCCUCCACAAGACAGCUUCAAGCCCUUCGACUACAGUCAGUCAGACUUCAAAGUCUUCACUGGUGCCAAUUCAAGGGACAAUACGCAGUUUGAUCCUAACCGGCAAUCGCAUGAUUUUAAGAAAAAGAGAACUCCCAGAGGACAAAAGAACAACGUUGGAGCUGGAAACCGAAGUAUGUCGUACCUGAGUGGAAAAUCUGAGAGAGGAUUCCGACACAACUGGCCCAAAAGAUAGACUCUCUGUGACGCCUUUGGUUUUCUGUCUCGUUUCCAUCCUGCAGAAACGACGCUCCACCUUUUUUCAUUCACAAGCAGCUAGAAUUCAGUGCUUUUCAAUUUAAUUAAUUACAAAGUGUAUUUUUUUUCCAUCUGUGGAAAACUUUAACCUGUAAAUAUGUGGACACACAGACCUCUUUAUUAAAGAUGAUUUUAGAGGGAAAA